AUGAGAUCCACAAUUACCUUUAUUCUCUCCACACUUCUGAUCCAUAAUGUGACACCAUUCUCUCCGGUUCAACAACCAGGAGCCGUCGCUAAGACCAACGGUAGACUUCAACCUCUUUUCAUGGGACGAGCAGCUGCUGUUCGUGCUGCAACCAAGUCGAAGACUGAUGCCAAGAAAGCUAAGACUAAUGCUGUUUUUGGAAAGAGGAUUAUCAUGGCUGUCAAGCAAGGCGGAAGUCCCGACCCAAAUGCAAACAGAUUGCUUGGCGACAUCAUUAAGCAAGCUAAGGCGGGCAAUGUCCCAGUUGAUAACAUCAACCGUGCAAUCAAACGUGCAACUGAAGGAAAUGCAGGAGAUUUCUCUGAAUCUACAUUCGAAGCAUACGGUUUUGGAGGUGCAUCUUUUGUUAUCAAUGUGCUGUCUGAUAAUCCAAACCGAGCAAAUGCUGAUGUCAGGUCCACUGUAAACAAGCGUCAAGCAAAGAUCGCGGAGCAAGGUUCUGUUUUGUUUAUGUACGACCGCAAGGGAAAGGUUGAAGUGCCUGCCGUACUUGAUGAGGAGCAACUAUUGGAUGCAGCAAUUGAGGCGGACAUUGACGAUUUCCUGUUGCUGGAAGGAGACGAAGAAGACACAUCUGUAGUUUAUGUUGAACCCACUGAUUCUGCAAACAUGCUGGGUGUUGUAAACACUUUAGGAUACGAAGAGGCAAAGAUGUCACUUGCAUGGGUCACCAAAGCUCCAGUAGAGUGUACAGAUGAUGACUUCGAUAAGAAUAUGGAAAUCAUCGAGGCAUUGGAGGAACUUGAUGAUGUUGAUAGCGUAGAACACAACAUGUCAAAUUAG